AAUGUUGAGAUAAACAGAUCUACAGGAAGCCGCUACUUGAACUUCAAGACGACACUGAAGUUUUAGCCUCCAAUAUUCACAACUGACAAGUUAGCAAGUUACCGACCGUCACAGCCGAUGUGAUUAAUGUUCACACUGGGAGAAAGGCUAUGCGUGUUGCUGCAGUCGCUACCGUACGAAUUUUUGAUAUGAACGUAAAAUAGGCUAUUUUUAUCUACGCACCGUGUCAUCUGUCCUCAUCUAUGCGUGUAUCUCACUUCCUACUGCCGGUAGACUCAGUUCAGUAGGCUCUAUCAGAGCCAUUGCGGAGAGACAGGUUUCUCCGAGUAGACAUAAUUAUUGACCUUUUCUGAUCAGAACCUCCGUCUGAAUGAUCGGAUCUGGGCGGCAGCUGCCAAAAACGUGACUGUUAGUCCCGACUCCGUGCUAUUCCACCAGGCGGAUUAAUUAGGUAUUUCUGUGAGGGAUCACUCGUACCACCCCCGGUGAACAGAGGGGAAACACGCCUUCGACACGUUCGCCUGUUCCCGGUAGGUUCUCGAAGGUGUUACGAUGGAGAGGCAGCUCGUACUGAUCGUGUUCUUGCUCUCGGUUCUCGGCGCGGGGUCCGUGGGACUCUUCCGCUACCACCGGGCGAUCCUUCCCGGUAAAGGCGACCCGGAUAGCACGUAUGCCGAGCUGAAGGGAGACCUGACCAUCGGCGGGCUGUUUCCCGUGCACAACAAGGGACAGGGAGGCAAGCCUUGCGGUAAACUAAACUCCGAUCGCGGGAUUCAGAGACUGGAGGCAAUGCUUUACGCCAUUAAGGAGAUUAAUAGCAAUACGUCUCUGUUACCAGGCAUCACACUGGGAGCACACAUACUAGACACGUGCGCUAGAGACACGUACGCACUGGAACAGUCUCUGGAGUUCGUCAGAAACUCGCUCACGAACAUCGAUAUCUACAACGGGUACUACUGUGACGAUGGUUCCCAGGCGAAGAUCACCAACAUGCCGGCGGCCGUGACAGCUGUAGUCGGCGCCUCGGACAGCAGUGUGUCCGGCCAGGUCGCUAACCUUCUCCGGCUCUUCAGGAUACCACAGGUGAGUUACGCCUCCACCAGUGCCAAGCUCAGCGACAAGACCAGGUUCGACUACUUCGCCAGAACCGUCCCACCGGACACCUUCCAGGCUAAGGCUAUGGUCGAGAUCAUCCAGAUCUUCAACUGGACCUACGUGUCCACCGUGGCGUCUGAGGGAGACUACGGCGAGAUGGGCAUCGACAUGUUCAAGAAAGAAGCCCUGGCCAGAAACAUCUGCAUUGCCGCCGAGGAGACCAUUCCGAACAGCGCUAAAGAUGAUACAUUUGACUUGAUCGUUGAGAGGCUCCGGGAGAAAUCUAAUGCUAAAGUUGUGGUGUUGUUCAUCAAGGGAUCGGAUGUACCGAAGCUACUGUCUGCUGCUAAGAACCUGACAGACCCGUUCGUUUGGAUCGCGAGUGACGGCUGGGGGGAACAAGAAGCCGCGGUCAAGAACGUCGAAGAUGUCGCAGAAGGCGCCAUAACUAUCGAGCUAAGUUCCAAACCGAUCAAAGCGUUCAACAAAUACUUCAAAAACUUGACUCCUGAUCUGAAAAACAGAAACCCCUGGUUUAACGAGUAUUGGGAAGACAAGUUCUUCUGUCGCCUUCCUUACACUAAAAGAGAGAACAGUUCGUUCCCGGUUUGUGAUAUUGGACUGACGAACAAGAAGUUUGAACCUGAGAGUAAGAUUCAGUUCGUGGUAGAUGCGGUUUACGCUAUAGCCUACGCACUGGACAACGUGAGGAAGGAAGUGUGUGGGACACCGUCUGGGAUGUGCAGUGGUUUGAGAAACCUUGACGGAGCGAGGCUAUACAAGGCCAUUCUCAACGUUACCUUCCAGGACGUAGCCAAGAGGCAGGUCCAAUUUGACGAGAGGGGUGACGGCAUGGGGAGGUAUGAUAUCUACAACUUCCAGCGGGUGAACGGAGACUGGAAGUACGUGCCGGUCGGCCAUUGGUUGGAGAGUCUCUACCUGGACGAAACCAAGAUCCAAGUCAACUCCCGCCUUGGCAGUCUACCUGAAUCUCGCUGCAGCGCCCCCUGUCGGCCGAACGAGGCAAAGAUCGUCCAACAAGGGGACAACUGCUGCUGGAUCUGCAAACCCUGCCAGCCCAGGCAGUACCUCAUAGACGAACACACCUGCGAGGACUGCGGCUUCGCCCGUUGGCCGACGUUUGACCUCAAAACCUGCCAUGACCUCCCGGAGAAAUAUCUCCAACCAAACGAAGUCUGGGCGCUCGUACCCAUGAUUAUUGCACUACUGGGCAUUAUGAUGACCGGGGCGGUUAUAGCGGUGUUUAUGAAGUAUAACGACACCCCUCUAGUGAAGGCAUCCAGUCGGGAACUCAGUUAUAUGCUUCUCGGGGGGCUUGUCAUGUGUUUCGUCAUGACUUUUGUCAUCAUCGCCAAACCGUCCGUUGGUACAUGUGCACUGGUGCGGCUAGGACUGGGGCUAUCCUUCACAGUUUGCUACACGGCACUUCUGACCAAAACUAACAGAAUAUACCGCAUUUUCACCCGGCAGACGUCCACAAACGUACAGAAGGUCAACUACAUCAGUCCUAUUUCCCAACUCCUCAUCUGCACGGCUUUGAUAUCGGUACAGGCGGUGGGUGUUGUGGUUUGGCUUGCGGUAGAACCACCCGACACCCAACUGGUGUACCCGUUCGGGCGGCAAGACCAGGUCAUCCUCAAGUGCAAGAUCAAGGACAAAUCCCUCAUGAUGUCACUGGUCUACGUCAUGCUUCUCAUCAUCGUCUGCACUAUCUAUGCCUUCAAGACGAGGAAGGUGCCGGACAAUUUCAACGAGACAAAGUACAUUGGAUUCACGAUGUACACGACGUGUAUAGUGUGGCUAGCCUUUGUGCCCAUCUACUUUGGAACACAAACAGAUCACAGGAUCCAAACGACUACGAUGUGCAUAGCUGUCAGCAUCAGCGCUUUCGUGGCCCUGGGCUGUCUCUUCGCUCCCAAAGUCUACAUCAUCCUGUUCCAACCGGAAAAAAACGUCCGGUCUAUGAACCGACAGAAACCCAGCUUCAAGUCGGCCGUCAUGUUUGCCAAAGAGAGGCAUAUGGCAGGAGCCCUGAAUGGACCGGGACAGGGAAAACCUCCGUUGAGUGCCAUGAUCCAAUCGAAAAACAGUGACAACCCCUCGUCUGACAACGGACUCUUGAAAUCCUCCAACACGUGCACGCCACGUGAUGUUCACGUGACAUGGAAAGACUUGGAUACCGGCAAGGACAAGAAGAAGGACCUAAACCCGCCAAAGCCCUACGUACCGCCCAUACUUCCCAGAGAACCUCUAGAAAACAUGAAGAUUCCAGAUAGGUUUAAGGAAGUGGAGAAAUUCAGGGAAGACGAAAAGAAGCCAGAGGAUGAAAAAACUAAGGAGCCCGAAAAAUCAUCCUUGAACAUAGAAAGACGGUCACCCGUUGGAAGUUCAAAUGUAAAACAAAGUAACUCGUCAGGGCUAGAUCCAGAGGUAGAAAAAAUAUUUGCAAGUAAUCUCAAAAGGGAAACGAAAGACUUUCCGAUGGAAAUGUGACGUAGGAAUAUAUAUAGAAAUGUACAGAUAUAGCUUCGAUGUAAUCUUUGGAAAUGUGACUACAUUUAAGAACGUUUGUUAUAUUCGUGACAAUAUGCAAAAACAAUAGUUCAAGCUGCCUUUCAUCCACUGCAUAUCCCCGUAUUUAUACAGUUUAUUGUACAUGUAGCUCUGAAUGAAAUUGUUAACAGUCAUUGUUGGACAACUUAAACCUCUCAGGCAGAGGAUGUUUUACCAUUUUGACGUUAAAGUCAUCCAAUGCAAUUUCAGGGCAGCAAAACAAG